AUGAAAAUUUUAGACGAUAUUAAACAGCAAGUGGAAAAAGAAAUGCUUAAAUUCGAUCCACGAUUAGCAGAAAAGAAAUAUUUGAAAAUUACACAAUCUAUUAAGGAUUUAUUUUUAAAGGCUGUCGUCAAAGAAAAACAAACUAUUAAAGCAGUAACUAUUCUAAUUACUUUUAGGCUGCUAAUUCUAUUGGUAUUAAUUAUUCUUCUGCCAAAGCCAUUUGGGCUGAAUUCAGAAGCAAGAAUCAAAAAAAGAAAAAAAAAAUUAAAGAUGACUCAGAAUAGAAAAAUGAAAACCAAUUAGUUAAGCGUUGUUCUUACAAAAUUUUGAAUGGAUGUAAUAAAAUCAAAAAAUUCUUCAUGGAAAUUAAGUCCUCCGUCUCAUAGAACUUGAAUUCAACUCAUUUAAUCAAUUUAGAAUCACAUAUAUGA